GUCGCAAAGUCUACCCCGCAAAGACAAACGGGAGAUCAGACUGUUGCCACACGAAUAGAGUGGGCAGUCUCCUGUCAAGAGGGGGCGCUCACCGUAACGUCAAUCACGGGGUGAGGCGCUACCGCACUGGAUGGGUGGGUAACUGGCGCCGCCUCAUAGUUAGCGUGUGUCCUACUUUUUGGAGCGAGCGGCAGACCAUCACGGCAAACACUGUCGGCAGCGAAGACUGGCUUUUGCAUUGUGAGAAACUGCAGUACCCAAGGCACUCGCCACAGGUUGUGUGUUCCGAUGCAGACUAUCCCAGCUAGGCUCAGCUUGUGCCGGGAGACUUAUGCUGAUCUAAGCAACAUUUCUUUGAGCUGGCAAGACUCGUCGUUGUGAGCGUCCAAUCAUUUUCGCUGUAUUUUCAACGGCAGUUUGUGACGGGGGAUGCUGCAGCAUACUCAUUGGUUGCAUACGGUGGAUUUCGUACAUGCUGAGCCAUCGACCCGCUCCUCUACUUUGACCAAACGGCAACCGCCCAGCUCUGUUUAUACAUUGCCCAAUCUACACAGCAGAUCAGCUUUACCGCGAUCGGCUGUAGCUUUCGGCGCUUGAGUCCGAAGGCGAGCAACCCCCGCCCCGGAGUUUCGGUCCUUUCAUCGGUCUUCGUAUUCGAUCUAUAAGUAACGUGCUUCCAUUCUUCGUUAUUGAAGCAUAUUGCCCGAUCCAUAAAUACCUGGCAAAAUGUUUUUGAUGGUUCUACUGAAAGCCGGUUGUGCGUUGGCUGGGCUAUGGGCGCUGUUGUCCGCGACAUACAACGUCUUCUUGUCACCACUCCGAAAGAUUCCUGGCCCGUUUUGGGCGCGCAUUUCGAAGCUAUGGUACUUUAUUCACGUCUACCGAGGAAAGUUUGAGGCGGAAAAUAUUGCGCUGCAUCGCAAAUACGGACCGAUCGUGCGCAUCGCCCCCAACAUGUACAGCAUCGACAUUCCCGACUCGGUGAAUACCGUCUACCACAUCUCGUCUAAAAUGCCAAAGUCAUCUUGGUAUGAAGGGUGGAAGCACCCAUCUCCGGAACGAUGGACGCUCUUCCCUGAUCGCGAUAUGAAACGCCACGCCCUUACCAGACGACGCUUCCAGGGCCUGUAUAGCCUGUCUAGUCUCGUCAACUACGAGGGCUACUCACAUGAGUGUGCAGACUUGCUUCAAGAUCAUUUUCAUCGCCAUGCAUCUCAAGGUCAGGCUAUAGACCUAGGCCAUUGGUUACAGUGCUACGCGUUUGACGUCAUCGGCAACAUCACCUACUCUCAGCGCUUUGGCUUCCUGGACAACGGCGACGACGUAUCCGGUAUCAUGAAGGCGCUCCAUGGCUCGAUGAUUUACAGCACGAUGAUUGGUAUAUUCCCAGCUCUUCACCCGCACAUCUUUGGCUUGAUGGCGUGGCUAAAGAUUGGCGGUGGUGCAGGGCGAACGUUUCUCAUGAAUUUCGUCCAGGGACGGAUUCAGCAGAGAAAAGAGCAACGCAGCACAUAUACCGAAAAGACGAUCUCGGAUGAUCCCGAUGCACCACAGGAUUUUCUAGAGAAGCUGAUGAUUCAGAAUGAAGACGACCCGUCCAAAGUGACAGCCUACCACAUCUUCAUGAUGGCCCUGUCGAAUAUUAUUGCUGGUGCCGACACCACUGCUAUAAGUCUGUCGGCGGUGUUUUACUACCUGAUCCAAUCGCCACAUGUCAUGGAGAAGCUACGGAGUGAAGUUGAUGAAGCUUUCAACACGAGCGGUGCUGGCGCCACUGAUCACUUAUCAUUUAAGGACGCCAACACCCUUCCGUAUCUGCAAGCCGUGAUCAAGGAGGCCCUCCGACUUCAUGCUGCCACUGGUCUACCUCUGUGGCGUGUCGUUUCUGAAGACGGUGUACAACUCAAUGAUACUUUCUUCCCAGCUGGCUGCGAGAUUGGACUAAACACAUGGGUUGCUCAUUACAAUACUGAUGUCUUUGGGCACGAUGCUGGCACUUUUCGACCGGAGCGGUGGAUUGAUGAGACGGAUGAAGGGAAGCUGAAGCUGAUGAAUUCUUACUAUUUACCUUUUGGACUGGGAUCGCGCACCUGUUUGGGCCGCCAUAUUGCCACUCUGGAAAUGUCGACUCUGAUCCCCUGCCUCGUCAAGAAUUUCGACUUUGAGUUGGAAGAAGAAUGGGAGACUGUGAACUACUGGUUUGUAAAGCCGGUGAGCUUCAAAGCUAAGGUGAAGAGUCGCCAAUAACGAUUCACUAUAUGGACGAGAGCAGCACCGGAUGUCUCUAUAAUAAGUUCAUUUUAUUAUAUAUGCUAUUCGAACUGUUAGCAAAUAGAUCAAGAGCCAGCAAUGUGGCAGAUUGAUAUUAAACGUAUAGACUCUUGAGCGAUAUUUAUGAUGGAUUGGCGCAACGACUAAGCAAACAGAUGAUAAGACAGUGUAAAAACUGCAGAGCAAUUUCGAAAAUUAUAGCCAAGUUUUAUCUGCUACUCUAGAUACGGUUUCAAUCACCUGUAUAUGGAUAUUCUUCUUUUAUAACUAAUUAUACUGAUAUAUCUUGCGCAACCCGUCUCUGCAGCUACAAUGCACGUGGUCAGAACAAACGUGUACGACAAGGAACGUAGGGGUACGGUGGCUGUUGUGGCUAGUCUUGGCGAUAUUAAGGUUGCUCGCUAUCACGGCCUAACAGGGAGCCUUGUCUUCAUGUAGACACUUUGCAAACGUUGGGAGCGAUGCGAGACAAUCAUGAUCAACUUCUCGACUUCCCACUUCUCAUAUAAUUUAGUAUCUUAACAAAAUGGAAUGUAUUGCUAAUUACGUGGCAAGGUAAAGAGAUGGACGACUGUGCAAGUUUUGCAGCGGUCGCUGGCGUUAAAAACAAGGCUGAGACUGUCAUAUGGCUGACGUAUGCCCUCCCAAAAGGUCC